AUGCAGCUCCUGGCAUCCCUCACCCUCUGCCUCUGCGCAGGGCUCAGCACUGCUGUCAUUCCAGCGGAGGAGGAGAAUCCAUCCUUCUGGUACAAGCAGGCAGCUGCAGCCAUCGAUGCCUCCUUAAAACUCCAGCCCAGGACAAAUGAAGCCAAAAAUCUCAUCCUUUUCCUUGGGGAUGGAUUCGGGAUCCCCACCAUCACAGCCACCCGCAUCCUCAAGGCACAGCAGCAGGGGAAGCUCGGGCCUGAGACCCCUCUUGCCCUGGAUGCUUUUCCCUAUGUGGCUCUGUCGAAGACCUACAACGUGGACAGACAUGUCCCUGACAGCGCGGGGACAGGAACAGCCUACCUCUGUGGUGUGAAGGGCAACUACAAGACCAUAGGGGUGAGUGCGGCCGCCCGCCACUCAGAGUGCAGCACCACGGCCGGCAACGAGGUGAUCUCAGUGAUGGAGCGAGCCCGCAAAGCUGGGAAGGCGGUGGGCGUCGUGACCACAACGCGGGUGCAGCACGCGUCGCCCGCGGGAACCUAUGCCCACGUGGUGAACCGGGACUGGUACGCGGACGCCAGCAUGCCCCAGGAGGCGCGGCUGCAGGGCUGCACGGACAUCGCCUGGCAGCUGGUCCACAACGUCGACAUCAACGUGAUCCUGGGUGGUGGUCGGAAAUACAUGACCCCCGUGGGGACGCCGGACCCUGAGUACCCCGCCGACAGCCGGCAGAAUGGGAUACGUGAGGAUGGGAUAAACCUCAUUGAGAAGUGGCUGGCGCCACGGCCGGGUGCCCGCUAUGUCUGGAACAGGACAGAGAUGCUGGCUGCUGCUGCCGACCCCAACGUGAAUUAUUUGAUGGGUCUCUUUGAACCCGUGGACACCAAGUACAACCUGGUGCGUAACACCACCCUGGACCCGUCACUCACUGAGAUGACAGAGGCGGCCAUCACCAUCCUGAGCAGGAACCCCAAAGGCUUCUACCUCUUUGUGGAAGAUAAUGGGUGCCCAUCUGCAGGUGGCAGAAUUGACCAUGGCCACCACGAUGGCGCAGCCCAUAAGGCUCUGACAGAGGCAGUGGAGUUCGACACGGCCAUCGAGCGGGCUGGCACCAUGACAGACGAGGCUGAGACCCUCACCGUCAUCACCGCUGACCACUCCCACGUCUUCGCCUUUGGGGGCUACACCCUGCGUGGCUCCUCCAUCUUUGCUCUGGGCCAAAAGAAAACCACUGAUGGCAAGAACUACACAUCGAUCCUCUAUGGGAAUGGGCCAGGAUACCCACAUGGUGAACGGCCCAAUGUGGACCCAGAAAAAGCCA